CACUUACUUGGCCACAACAGGAGUCAUCACACAAAUUGCGAAAACGGUAUUCGCAAUUACCUCAUCGUAGGAAGAAAUUACGGCAUUGUUCAUUCAGCAAAAUCAGCAGGACUCGUUGCGACUCCCAUCUGCCCAACUUCCGUCUCACCACGCAAUCCCAUCGCGCCAACCAAACGCGACCCUCUUCCAUGUGCUCAUCAACCACAUCAAUAAUACAAUCGGAAACAUGCCCUUCUCAUAAAGUUGAUCCUAAAAUAUAACAAUUGUAAAAGUGGAGUAAUUUAUCCUUAAUUUUUAAUUGUUGAGAAAAAAUGUCAAACUCUGUGAAAUUCCACUUUGCGAAAGUGUUGGAUGUGGAACCGAGUCCGAUUAGUUGCAUGAGCUUGAACCACACAAGUAAAAAGUUGGCCCUUUUCAGGGGUGGACGCAUUGGAGCGAUUGAAAUUUGGGAUGUAAACCAUCAGCCGCUUUUGGAGAGGGUUAUUUUCGAAUUGGAAACAAUUGAUGGAAAACCGUCUGUGGAAAGUGUGGUGUGGGCAGAUAACAAUCGGCUCUUUAGCUGUGGCCUUCACGGAUUUGUGGUGGAGCAUGAUGUCAGGACGGGAAAAUUACUGCAUAAAUCUGCAGCGACAUCAGGUUCUGUCUGGUGCCUUGGUGUUAAUCCUACACAAACCGUCAUUGCUGCUGGCACUGAAGAUGGGUUUAUUAAUUUAUUUAAUAUUGAAGAAAAAAUGCUAACAUAUCUGAGAGUUUUGGAUCGUCAGGAUGGAAGGGUUUUAUGUCUGCAAUGGUCACCGUGUGGUCGUUACAUCGGGACGGGCUCAGUAGACUCGGUUCGUUUGUGGGAUGUUAAUAAAGGACACGCUGUUCAAAAGUUAAUGACCGGCAGGACGAAAAAUAAGGAAACCAUCGUUUGGGCCAUCUUAGUUUUAGAUGAUCACACCAUUGUCACCGGAGAUUCAAGAGGGAUUGUUAGUUUCUGGGAUGGAAGGAUCGGAGUUUUAAAAUACAAAAUGCAAACACAUAAAGCCGACGUACUUACACUACGCCUCUCUUCCGACAAAUCAAGCAUAUACGCUGCUGGCGUGGAUCCUAUUGUUCUGAAUAUUGCUAAAAUUAGUGGCAGCGACAAGUGGAUUAAAUCUCACCCACGUAACAUACAUGUUAAUGAUGUUAUGACUUUGGAAACAUACGACAAUAGACUGUUUUCUGGUGGUAUUGAUACAGAUCUUGCAAUGAGUUCUUUCCCUCCUAAAAUUAUUGUUAAAUAUCCAAAUAUUCCUAAAUACACGCAAUUCAGUGGAUCGGAUAAUGCAGCCAUGCUUUUAAUCAAAUAUGCUAAAAAUCUAACGAUUUGGAAACUACCUAUGGGAAAUUCACAGUUAACAAAAGUCCUGGAAGUGGAAUCUAAAGGAGCUGAAAAUAUGUUUUCUGCAGCAAUGAGUCAAAAUGGAUCAUUUUUUGCGUACUCUGUAUCUGGUGCAGUGAAAGUUUUUCAAAUAUCCUUCACUUUAGACAAUGAUGAAGUUUUGAAACCUAGUUUGGAAAAGUUGCAAUUCGAAAAUUUAAUUGAAUUUAGUUCUGAGAAUCAAUUGGUUCAUUUAAAAUUUAUCAAAGAUGAUACUUUAAUGCUUCUCAGUUCCAGUGGUAGAUUUAUUACGAUAGCUAAAAUUAAUCAAACAACAAAUUCGGUGUGCUUCGGAGACGUACAAGAACUGCAAGAUACAGAAUCAUCGUAUUUGGGUGUUGGUUUAGUUGCUACCACUGCUUCCAAUCUGUGUAUCACUUUGGAUAAUCGUAUCAUUGUGUACUCUUUCAACCAAGAUUUCACCAUUUCUAAAUGUUGUUCUUUACCAACACAUUCCGCUCUCCCUUCCUCCAUUACACUUCAUCCUCUAAAACCAUUGGUUCUUGUCACUUAUGUUGAUAAUAGUGUACUAAUAUGUAAUUAUAAUGAUGGGAAAAUUGUAUGUCAAGAAGUUGUCAAGAAAAAAGUUGAUGAUUUACAACCAUUUCAAGGUGCUUGUUGGUCAUCUGAUGGACAAACUGCUGUAAUUUUUCAAAAUGAUAGCUUAUUUUUAUUAGAAAUUACUGGUGAUAUUAUUGAACCCAAACGGCGAAAAAAACUCGUGAGUGAUGAGCAUAAUCUCCGAUUUCAAAUUAAAACGUGUCCAUCGAAAUACAAGUAUCUUGCUUAUGUUGGUGGGUUUGGGACUGAUUUUGUCGUGGUUGAAGUAGAUCCUCACAGUAUAUUGGAACAUCUUCCACCAGCCUUUGCAAAAAAGAGGUUUGGGGCAUGAAACUGUUAUUUUUAUUUUACUAAUAAUGGUAGUUUUUUAUUCUGUAAAAUAAAUCAAUGUUACAUUUUUAUAGA